ACACCAUGAAAGAGAUAAACAUAAACAGUGUGAAUCAUUCGGAGUUGCUAAGCGGCUGUCAGCCUCCGGUACCGGUUACGGUCGCCGUAACCAAGGUGAUGGAGGAGGAUGGCGUAACGGGUGAUACCGUGCUGGAGGGGAAAGGUGGCAAUCAAAUACAGGCCCUUCUGGAGCGCAAUGAAAAUCCUGUGCCCGCGGUACUGGCUGGUGCCACACUUCAUCGUCCAAUGAGAACGUUCUCGCCGAUCAGCGGCGUUUCCAAGUUGCUAAAGAACCUUUAUCUGUGUGGCGGAAGUGCUGCCUCGGUAGCUAUGAUGCAGCAGCUCGGUGUAACCUUUGUGAUCAACGCUACCACCGUGACAGAGCUCACCGAUACACCACUUCCGGCGGAGGAUACACGUUAUCUAAGAAUACCGGUAAAGGAUAACCGUGAGGCAAAUCUGGAACGAUACUUCAACGAGGUGGCGGACUUGAUCGAAGAGGAGUCUAAAGCCGGUGGUGUUGUGCUGGUACACUGUGUCGCAGGAAUAAGCCGUUCGGCAUCGCUCUGUUUGGCCUACCUAAUGAAAUAUCAUCGCAUGAGCCUGAAGGAUGCGUACAAUCACAUAAAGGACAAACGGCCGCAGAUUCGGCCCAACGUAUCCUUCGUCAAGCAACUGAUGGACUUUGAGCAGAAGCUGUACGGCACCCGAACCGUGUCGAUGGUUUACUGUCACGCACUCGACCAAGAGCUGCCGGACAUUUACGAGCCCGAGUUCCGCACGAUGGAAAUGUUGUACCAGAAGUUUCGGCGAAACAUUGCCCGUCGUUAGAGCACGGCGCAAAGAUCACACAUACUUGAAAUUAUUCCACUUAUUCCCUUUUAAUCUCUAGAAUAUGCGCGUAAGA